GAUGUGUAAUUGCAUAGAACCUAUUACUACCAAAUUAGCAAAAGGCAUUACUACCUACACGUUAUGAAGUAGAUGCCAUAUGCAGAAUGAUAGUUGCGGAAAGGAUGCAAUGGCGUCACUGCCUCACAAUAUUGGCUCACUCAGCAACCCCACCAACUCUCGCUAUUAGAAGCUUCUAGGUCACCAUCCCCCGAAGAUAACUCGAGACGGUUUGCUUGACUUUAUGAUAACUUCACCAUUCCACUGGCAAAAUUCACGACCUCAUAGGGACAAGAUCAGUCACGCACCCAAAAGAAGACUCUUUAGGACUCACAAUGGCUCUCCCACCCAAAUUCAGUGGCCACAGGCUUCCCCUCGGUGAUGCAGCAGCCAGCUCGGCCCCGCACGCGGGAGUACACACCAUUGAGCUGUACCUCGACUACGUGUGCCCCUUCUCAGCCAAAAUGUUCAAGACUGUCGCCAACGACCUAGCCCCAAAGCUCAACUCAGACCCAGCGCUCGCGUCCAAGAUCCAGAUCAUCUUCCGCCAGCAGAUCCAGCCGUGGCACCCGUCCAGCACACUGGUGCACGAGGCGGCCGUGGCCGUGCUGCGCUUGGCGCCCUCGCGGUUCUGGGAUUUCAGCGGGGCCCUGUUCGCGGCGCAAAAGGACUACUUUGACGUCAACGUAGUCAACGAGCCUCGCAACCAGACUUACCGGCGCCUGGCCCGGCUCGCGGCCGACUCUGCGGGGGUGAAGGAGGAUGAAGUCUACGGCCUGCUCGCCAUCAGCGACAAGCCGGGCGAGGACGGGUCGCUCAACAGCGGCAACGGCGUCACGGCAGACCUCAAGGUCGUCGUCAAGAUGGCGAGGCUAGUUGGCGUGCACGUCAGCCCCACGGUCAUCCUGGAUGGUGUCGUCGCUAAUGAGGUGAGCUCGGGUUGGUCUGUUGAGCAGUGGGUUGAGUGGUUGAAGGAGAAGACGGCGUAGAGAAGAAGAGCUAAAAGGUUAGAGACUGUGUGGGUCUGCGACCAGGCAAGUGUUAGUACAGUAUUCAUAGUCGGUUAUUGCUCAAUUGACACUGUAGUCCAAAUCUCAGCUUGUUCUGCUUUUGUCGAGUCUUUUUCACAGUCAGUUAACAAGGAGGGCAACGUCCGAUGAGAUUUUUCCUCAUUCUGAUUGAUG